AUGACAGUAGCUUCAGAGUUCGAAAACAGUAACCAAGCUUACGUGAAGGCAUUUACCAAAGGAGACUUAGCACUUCCUCCUGCUAGGAAGGUUGCAGUAAUUGUAUGCAUGGAUGCAAGGAUUGACCCUGCUGCUUCGCUUGGUUUGCAGGAAGGUGAUGCACAUGUAAUCAGAAAUGCAGGGGGAAGAGCUUCUGACGCACUUCGUAGUGUGAUAAUCUCACAGAAGUUAUUGGGUACAAGAGAAAUAGUGAUUGUACACCAUACCGACUGUGGGAUGUUAACUUUUACUGAUAAGGAUAUUAGAGACAUAAUUAAGAAGGAAGGAGAGGACUCCUCGAACCCCGCAAACUAUGCAGCUGCAGCUGACACAAUUGCCUUCUUACCGUUUUCAAACUUGAAACAGAGUGUGAUUGAUGACAUUGAAUUUCUUAAGCUGAGUCCAUUAGUUCUUGAUGUACCAAUUUCAGGGUAUAUUUAUGACGUGAAGACAGGUAGAAUCGAAAAGGUUAAUUAA